AUGGCAGAGAGCGCGUCUCCCACAUGUCCUCCUGAAGCUGCUCCACAGCCCGCUGCGGGAUCCAGCACGGCAUCGACAGCUGCCAACGACGUGCAGGUCUUUGCACCUCCCACCGCCGCCAAUGCACCAGCCGAGGUCCCCGACGCAUUCUUUGAGCCGACCAUCUCGGACGUGCAGCUCUACCAGGCAUCCGUGUCCGGCCGGAGCAGGCAGCUGAACGACGCGCCGCUCGUGACCGCCAAGCACCGCGAGGCCGAGGCGGCCGCCAAGGAGCAGAAGAAGGCAGCAAAGUGGCCCACAACGACCAUCAGGAUACGUUUCUCGGACGGCACGCAGAUCCAGAAAGUGUUCCCGAGCACGUCUCCUAUCCAGCCGGUGUACGCCUUUGUCCGCGAGUCGCUGUCCGCCUCGGCGCGCGAGCAGCCGUUCACGCUGUACCAGCCGCCGCGCACGACCUUCCCCGAACGUCCGCCGCCACCCAGUGCCGCGCCCGCAAAGCGCAAGAACCCAAACGACAACCCGCUGAUGAAGACGCAUAUCGUGGCUCCGGCAGGCUACUCGCGCGCCGCGCCCAACGCGGGCAUGGAGGGCGGAAAGGGCGGAAACGAGAGCCUGAACCAGCUCGGCCUCGUGCCCCAGAGCAUGCUGUUGAUCAAGUGGGACGACGCGGCCAUGAAUGGCUCGGACGUGCCCGCCCCACUCACCGACGAACUGCGCGCCAAGGAGGCCCCCCUCCCCGCACCUGCGACCAGGGAGCCCGAGCGCAAGCCCGCUGACACCGCGGGCUCGGCCUCUGGCGAGAAGAAGACCCUCACUGGCGCUGCUGGCGAGGUCAAGAUGCCAAAGUGGCUGCAGAAGGGUCUCAUGAAGAAGAAGUAG